AUGUUGCGUGUAUUUUUGUGUAUUUGUUUGUGUGUUCCGGUUGUAUUUGGACAGUUUGGUUUCUACCCGAACGACCGUCGUAAUCGACAGCCAUACCAAUAUGGAUUUAGUGAAAAUAUUCUAAAUCCUAGAAGAAUUCAGCAGAAACUUAGUUCUUUACUCAGUUUCCAACCUGAAACGGAUAACAGCAACGCAGCCUUCAUCUAUCCGUUCAACAACCGACCUAUAUCCCACAAUCCAUAUAAUAACUAUGAUAACAAUUAUUAUCAAUCCAGCAACGUGAGAUUUCCAACCUCGGGAGACAAUUUUAAACCAACAUAUCCUGGUGACAAUACUUUUGGACCAGAUUAUAAAGAAGUACCAAAACAACCAAAUGGUCAAACAUUACAAGGCUUCACAACGAAUCCAUCUUUGGGUGACGACACCCAAGAUGAGCCUAUCACCAAUAGGCCUAUUUUGAAUUAUGGAACUACGCAAAAAAUUAAUUACAAUGAAGUUUACAAACCAGGCUUUUCAAAUCACAGCAGUGGUCUUAUAAUGGGUAGUGUAUUAAAUAAACCAGUGUUUGGAAGUUUUAUAACACCAGAUUCAGCUACAAACUUUGAUACCAGUGCUAAGCCUUCUUUUGAAGAUAGAAACGGCGAAGAACAGACAACCCUACCAACAUUGACACCUGUGCCGCCGUCAGAUGCAAGACAAAACAUGAAUUUUGGACCAGCUGGAAUAUUUAAGAACACAUGUGAGACGGUGGAUGGCGGAGUUGGAAAUUGCAUAAAGAUACAAGAGUGUGACGUCUACUAUAAGCUGCUGAGGGAUUCUCGGGAUAAGACGGUUGUAAACAUCUUAAGAAAAUCGCAAUGCGGCUUUGAAGGACAAAAUCCGAAGGUAUGCUGUCCCUUACCCGGUAUACCAGACGAGCCACCAGCUCCACAGACCACAACAGUUGCUCCUACGCCUCAAGCAAAGUCCGUAGACACAGAUGGCUUGACACCAGUGACGUCACUUCCGGAACCGCCAGUUUGUGGUGUGAGCGAAGCAUCGUUUAGUCGAGUUGUUAAUGGCGUCCCUGCUAAACUUGGUGACUUUCCCUGGAUGGCACUGCUGGGAUACCACGACAGCCGUGGAGGGCCUGAAACCAGGUGGAAAUGUGGAGGUUCUUUGGUGACUCAACACCACGUUUUCACAGCUGCCCAUUGCAUACAUGGCCAUGAGGAUCUGCUGUAUGUAGUGCGUCUAGGAGAGUUGGAUCUAGCAAGUGAAAACGAUGGAGCAGCACCAAUAGAUGUGCUAAUCAAAUCAAAGAUCAAACACGAGAAUUACGACUCAUCAGCCUAUACAAAUGACGUCGCUUUACUCAUUUUAGACAAGGACGUACAGUUUACCAAACUAAUAAAACCAAUCUGCAUCCCUCAAAAUCAGAAAUUACGAUCUCUCACCUUUGAGAAGUACAACCCUCUUAUAGCAGGAUGGGGGGAUGUUUCGUACCGCGGUCCCUCGGCAUCCCAUCUCCAAGUAGCCCAGGUACCUGUAGUAAGUAACGCAGCGUGCAAAGAAACGUACAAACCGUACAAAAAGCAGGUGAUAGAUGAAAGAGUGUUGUGUGCCGGUUGGAAAGAUGGAAGACAGGAUGCCUGUCAGGGUGACAGUGGAGGACCCCUGAUGCAGCCUAUUUGGAAUUCGGAAACCUACGAGACAUUCUUCUACCAAAUCGGCAUAGUUUCCUUCGGAAAUAAAUGCGCUGAGCCCGGAUUCCCCGGAGUCUACACACGAGUCACACACUUUGUUCCAUGGCUAGAAAAGAAGAUAAUCGGAUCUUAA